UGGUGGUGUGACGUCGCAGAGUACAGACUCUUUUUGGUCGUUACAAAUAACAAUCCGUAACAUUUAACAAUCGUAGAUUUCAUAUCGUGAUUCAUGAAUUCAUAAAUUACUCCCAUGGAGCAUGUCGGUAGAAUCUUUUGGCUUUUUGAAAAUAUGGAAGUAUGAUUGUUGUUAAUUGACUCGUGAAUGCCGGGGUACACCUUGGUCGUUACCACAAUUAGCAUAAUAAAUCAGAAUGGUGAGAUGCGCGGUGUGCGAUGGUGCGAAGUUCUUCGAGAAGGACGGAUUGUAUUAUUGCGACACUUGUUCCACACAGUGUGCAGAUCUCCAUAUCACUGGCGUCGAUGCAGAUGAAGCGAUCAUUGGUUAUUCCAGGCGCUUCCAGAUUUCUGCCGCUUUUGCACCGAGCGAGGAAGAUGCUCUUGAGACCAGAACGGUUCCCGAAGGCAAAGGGCUGUUUAAGGAGGCCACGCCAGAAUGUCGUUUCGUGCAAGCCAGCACUGUGUUACGCGCUCAGGUGCAAUGGCUGAUAGAUAACGCCGGAGUCAAACCAGAGCUGGAUGAAAUUGUCCAACAUAUUUGGAUAAGCUAUGUGGAAAAGUCUUUGCCGGACAUGAAGGCUUUGUGUGAUGGAGUCUUUAUGGACGAAAGACGGUUCAGCUUGUUGCAUAAAUCCGAUUGGCAGGUGCUGUUCGCUUGCCAGGCAGACGAAGUGAAUGACAUGCUCAGACUCCAUCGCGAGAAUUUCCAGAAUAAGAACGACACGAUGGAUGUCCAGUCGGCAACGUCCAUUAAACCGGAACGCAAAAGCACUCAUCCCGAGCGGCUCACCCUGCCGCGGAUGCUAGCGGUACUUGUGACGGGAUUAAUGCACUGCCGAGAAGAUAUUCUGAUUAGCGACAUAUUACGAUGGGUUCGUCUGAUGCUGUUACCGUGUGCUAUGCCAUCGGAUUUUAUUCCAGCAGAGCAGAUGCAUAUUUAUUUGGAUAUCGCUCGUGUUCAGGGUUUCGAUGUGGAGUACGCCUUUCUCGAAUGGGAGUUGGGGAAUCUGAACAGGCAUUUGAAGCUUGUGCCACCAAGAGUUGAAAUUAUGUCUGUAGUUACACGCUUUCUGGAGGAAUUAAAUCUGCCGGCUGCGUUGGUGCCAUUAAUAGCACAAGUCAUAGAGUGUUCCGGCUGUUCGACAUAUGAAAUUCCACAUCCAGUCGCUUCGCGGGACUGCAUGCGUGUUGCGCGAAAUCCUGAAGCCGUCGCAAUGGCUUUGAUUGUCCACACUUUACGAAUUCUUUUUGGAUUUGACGAUGUCUGGGAAGCGAUUUUAGUGGAAGCAGAUAAUUUGGCACGUCUUAUCGACGGUGUUGCUGUCUUCAGUCUGGCAGAAUGGAUUGACUACAUAAAUUUGCGUCGAAUAGCAUUGUUUAAACAUACGUCAUUGCUGCAAUCCUGUGAUGGCAUAGCUAUGAUGGAAUUUAUGCGGGAGCAAGCUGACUGGCAUAAAGGGAUUAAGAAAGGCAUCUUGGAAAAUAACACACAAUAUGAGAAGGUUUAUGGCGACCUUUCCCGUGCUUUCAAGGAUUCACGAGGAGUUAAUGAUUUGGUUUCUCGUUUUGUUACCGUUCCCGUAACUCUGCGACCAUUUCGAGCUUGCACGCAAGAACUUGCCGUUUUGCAUCCGGAUCUGGCAUGUGACUUUAGUAGUCAUUCCAUAAGCUACCUUUUUGCUAACGACUCCAACUGGCUUCCCAGGGGAAUGCCGGAUGGAGAAGCCAAAGAAAUUCUGCAAUCUUUGAAAAAUAUUCACCUGGCAGGUGUUGAAAAUUGCCGAAAAUCAAUUACACUACGCUCGCAAGUUAUGGUUAAUGAAUCUCACGAAAAGUUACCUUUGCGAUACUUGCCACAGCCACUGCGAUGGCUGUUGACCACUUGUGCGGAAAUAAUUGAGCAAAAUCCCGCUUCUCUGUUGGGUCAAGUUCUGUUGAUGGAAGAAAGCCUCUACGGGAAGGACAGUUGAUACUUCGACGGAAGGAUCGUUAGAGAAUGUUCCCAUUUUACGUGCUUUCAGUUAUUGGACCCGUGAUAUUAUGCAUUUUUGGAAUGUUAAAGUUUUAUACUCGUUUUACGCGUAAUGUUUAUAGUUUUCUUUCUCGCUGUAAAGCUUGAAUUCAAUUUCACAACACUGGCAGUGAAACAGCUUGGUAGUACCAACGUACUGUACUAUAUGUAUCAUGUGUGUACUGCUGUAUUAUAUUAUGUAGUUAAAUAGUUUUUUUUUAUUUUUUUGCUGCCUUUCUUUUUCAAUGCUGUAUAUCUACAUGAAAAAUUUACUUGCCAGUGGCUAGAAUUUCUGUUUCGUUGAAAACAGAUAACUCAACAAUAAAACAAACAGCUCGCGCUUCACCAGUCGCUAGCUCCUUUUUGACUUCCGGCUGAUUACAGUAUUGUUGGCCAGUAGCCAUCACUCGCAC